UCUUUGAACUUUAUUUCUGACAGUUAUCAAAAUACAUAUUAGUUUUAAUCGCUAAACAGUUAUAAUACUGGCCUUAUUUACAUAACAAACUUUCGAUUGCGAUUAUACCACGUCCAUCAACAGAAGUCUGUUGACGGGCGCAAAGUAUUCCCUUUCGAUAGUUCAGGAAUGGUAAUGGAUGCCAGUGGGGGAAUAAGUGAUGGCUGAAGUAUUGUUUUUCAAUUAGCUGUAUGAAAAUAUCUUGGGUACCCAGUGUUAUGGGAAUUCAGAAACUGUAAAUGUCAUUACUUUCAGUUUCUGCAGUGUCAAAUACUAUCAUUGUGCCAGGUUUGUAGUUAAUGAUUAAAGCACGCUUUCAAGCGUUGGAAGGUUUGGUUCCAUGAAGUCGUAGGUACAGUUGUACAGUGAACGCACAGGUGGUAUUUUAGUAUAAUUAGGCUGACGUGAUUUGAGAAUUCUUUUGCAAUGGAAGCAUUAGCAAAACAUGAUUUCAAUGCCACUGCAGACGACGAACUGAGCUUUCGAAAAGGACAAGUCUUGAAGAUCCUAAAUAUGGAAGAUGACAUGAACUGGUACCGAGCCGAACUAGAUGGCAGGGAAGGAUUAAUACCAAGUAAUUACAUAGAAAUGAAAACUCAUGACUGGUAUUAUGGAAGAAUAACAAGAGCAGAUGCUGAGAAGCUUUUACUAAACAAGCAUGAAGGAGCAUUCCUCAUUCGUGUUAGUGAAAGUUCUCCAGGAGAUUUCUCUCUUUCAGUGAAGUGUUCGGAUGGAGUUCAGCAUUUUAAGGUACUUCGUGAUGCUCAGGGGAAAUUUUUCCUUUGGGUAGUUAAAUUCAACAGUUUGAAUGAGCUGGUGGAAUACCAUAGAACUGCUUCUGUUUCAAGAUCGCAAGAGGUGAAGCUCAGAGACAUGGUUCCAGAAGAGUGCCUGGUGCAAGCAUUGUAUGACUUCACCCCACAAGAACCAGGAGAACUGGAAUUUCGUAGAGGUGAUGUAAUAACUGUGACGGACCGUACAGACCAGCAUUGGUGGCAUGGAGAAAUUGGAGCACGUAGAGGCCUAUUCCCAGCUACUUACGUUGCUCCGUACCAUUCAUAGCUGAUUUUAUACAUACGUCUAGCCUACAGGCUAUUACUCUCCUUAUAGGAAAGUAAUAUGAACAUUGUAAGUUGUGUGGAAGAUGUAAACUUGCAUUAUUAUUAAUUUUAUUUUAUUUUCAUAAGCUUUAUGUUGUCAUUCUAAUUUCUGUCAUAAUUUUAUAUGGAUUGUUAAAUAUUCAUAAAAACCAUGUGAUUCCUAAAUAUACAUUAUCUCUGAAGUGGCCUUUGUAGUUGUCUGAAAGUGAGCUUUUUAAUCAUUGAACUAAUAAUCAGAAAUAUUCUUAACUUUCACAAUCCAGAAAUGUUCCUUGGCUGUUUUACAUGAUUAGGCACAAGAAACAUACAUACCGUGCUGCAUUCUGCAUUCCUUAAAUUUUAAAAUGCUGCCCUUAUAUUAUGACAUUGAAAAACUGUCAUGAAUCUUGUAAAUUUCUGCCAGGUUUAUUAAAGUAUUUUGUAUAUUUUUCCCAGACCUAUUGUAUUUGUACUGGAGUACUCUGUCCAAAUAUUUAGGACGUUAUUAAUAUAAAUUUUAGUCUACGCGUGUAUGUGUGUGUGCGUACUUUUGUAUAUAAUUCCCUUCUGGACAGUAUACAUUGAACGAUCAUGUAAACUUGUUGAUAUCAGUGAUACUGUAAGUGAACAGACGGCCUUAAUUGUAAGUGCUUGUGUGUGUGUGUGUGUGUGUGUGUGUGUGUGUGUGUGUAAGAGAGGCAGAAUAAGGUGUUAAUUGACAUCUACAUAACUUCUGUUAUAGACUGAUAAAUGAUAAAAUUGUGAACGUGCUUGUUGUACACAUGUCAUCCAAUUGAGGCUAAGCCCAGUUCAAGUACUGUAUCAGUGAAAGCAGAUUGUAAUGCUGUAUGUUUAAGGCAGUCUCUCGUGUGAAUAUUUUAUUUUUAUCUCUUUAAUGACAUCCUGGUUACUCUAGUGGCAGGUGGUUGUGUUUCAAAGAUUGCAGGCUUUGUUGUGUUAGCAUGUGCUAGUAACUUGAGAACCUUAUGUUGUUUUAAUGUUUUAAUUACUUUUUCAUAGUGUUCCAAUUGGUAAAGUGACAAUUACUUUUUAAAGGAAAGUUAAAUGUGUGUGGAAUAUUUUAUGUUAUAUAAGUGACUGCAAUGCAAAGGACACAUCACUAUGCAGUAUACAUACUUCAUAUUGCCCUAUAGAUUUUAACAUCAUACAGUUUUUUUUAGCAACCCAGCCCUAAAGCUCUUUUUUGUUUUCAGGUAACUUGCCUUUAUCCCUAAUUUGAAGCAGUAGUUUAUUGUAUCUUUUGUACACAGGAUUUAAUAUGCAGUUCUCCACCAACUUUCCUACACUCAUUUAAAUUACUGAAGCUCUUGAUAAUUCUCAUUAUUUUCAUGUGUUGGAUUUCACACACUUUUAUGUUCUGAUUGUUUUUUUAUGAUUUCCUUCUCCCUCCUUCUGCUGAGACUUAGUAUAUAAAUCUUAUAUUGUACACUGUGAUACUUUUUCUAGCCAUUCCACUGCAUCAUCCUGGCAGCAGUGUAAAUGAGUAGCAGUUCUUCUUUUCAGAGAAAUUAAAAGUUAUUUUAUUUUAUUUCCUGGGAUAAAUCAGUGUCUUGUGUUGCCCCAUCAUUGUAAAUUGUGUAGAGAAUCUCUUGUAUCUCAGUUUCCUCUGCAUUGUUACUUACCUUGUGAAGAGACCUUGUUAGGAAUAUCUUUUGUAUACAAUUCAUCAUGCUCAUUAGUUUGCACAAUUUUCAGUUGUUAUUUUAGUUGAACGAUACGGGAUUUAUGUACAAUGCCUACACCAGAGUCCUUGUAAGUGCAAUAUAUGUUGUUUCAAAGCAAUCUUGUUACAACUGGUGUGGUUUAAUAUUCAAAAAUGUUACAUACUACCUGCAAGGUAGAAGAUACAAUUCACCGUGGUAAAACAACUUAUUAUGGACACUUUAGUGCAGUUCUCUCAUUAGCUGGUUUAUUUUAAGUAAUCAGUAUUAUUAGAGUUGAUGAUACAAAACUGAAAUAUUGAUACAUUAGAAGAAGGUCAGGUCUGACAGAAUAAGCUUAACUAGCAACUCAUUUAAGUAACAAACUUGUGCAACAUUUUCCAAAUUGGCAGUUAAUGAAACUUUAUGGCUUCCAAAAUUCUCACCAAAUGGAAAAUUGUAGUAAUAUUGGUAAUUUAAAAGAAAAUACAUCAAUUUCUUCUUUAUGACUGAUAACAGUUUUUAAAUUUAUUCUCUAAAAUGUUGGAUCUGAAUACAAUCCAAUAACAUUAUGUGCAGUGCUGCAGGUAAAAUCACACAUUUUGUUUUUUAAGACCUCACUUGUGGUGAUUGUCUCUAAACUAGGUUCUGAUUUCACACUGAAAUAUGUUCCACACCCUUCACUGGAGCUAUUUCAUGAAUACUUUCAGUGUAUUGCUAUGUCAAAGCAAAGUGUUUGAGGGUUCAAUAUAUGAAAGGGGUAAAUUGCUACUCACUGUAAAGAUACAAUGUUAAGUUGCAGACAGGGGCAACGAAAAGACUGUUACACAUUUAGCUUUUGGCCAAAGCCUUCUUUAGAAUAGACCCUAGACUGCUGUCUGUGGCUGCUGUAGCCAGAAUGUGUAGAAGUCUUUUCAUUGUGCAUGUCUGCAACUCAUCAGGUUGUUGUUACAGUGAGCAGCACUGUAACCUUUUCAUGAUGGUUGAUAUUCCAACCUUAACUUUCCAUUGUUUGAGGAGUCAAUAUAGUUAAUCCCAAGGACAAAUACAAGUUACAGACAAAAAGAAAUACCACUUCGUGGACUGUGUUUAUUUAUAUUGAGAGUUUCAUUUAAUUUGAUUUAAUUUUUUAGUAGUGCUAAGCCACUGAGAAAAUGAUUUCAGUCUAAACUUAAUUUCAAUAUUUGUAUUGUAGGAAUGUGUUUGUUUUAUGAGAGAAUAAUACACUGUUUCUUGGUAUCCUAUUAAUUACAGCAAAUUUUGUUAGAUUAAUACCCAUUUGAACACCUUUCAUAUUAUUCAGUCUGUAGUUGAAUCUGCUUUCAGUCUUCAUUUGCCUGUAAAUGUAUAAUUUCUAGUUUUGGCAGUUAAAUUUAGUAUUUGUUUUAAACUGAUUUGUAAAAGUAAAUACUUUGGCUACACUUUAUAUGUACAUAAUGUAUUGUAUGAUAUUCAACAACAAACAAAACUGGUCAUACAGUGGAUAUAUUCAUAGCCGAUAUUUUAUUCUCUUGGGUGAUAGGCUUGGGAGAAAAUUAUACCUACAAUUCUCCCAUGAGUCCCAGAAGACCACAUGUUGCCAAGAAACAAAGGAAAAUGUUUCUGAUAAUUGUGUGAUGUUAUUUUAUUAAUGUAGAAUCAUGGGCACAUUUCUUGCUUUUGCUAACACUGAUAACAAAAACCUAUGAGUGCCAUGUACCAGCAGAAGUCAAACAAGAACGUUAAAAACCAAUAUUUUUGUACUGAUGUACAAGAAAUUCAUUAUUUUUUACUGUUUUCCAUUGUAUUCGGGAUAAGUUCUCCAGUGUAUAUAAAAUGCUUGAAUUACUUACAAAAUGUGCUUAACAGUAGCUUAUGUUUACAUUGGCAUACUUUGUGAUCAGAACUGCUCCUUCCAGUUACUCUUUGAGUAGCCUAAAUAUGGAAUCACUGGUGGUGAUGUGUAAUGAGUAUUGCGGAUACAAAAAGACUUGGUGAUUGCAAUUAAUUAAUGGGAAAUACAAGGCCUUACUUGUUGCAAAACUACUUUUUCAGAAAGUAAUUGAAAUUUUGUUUGAGGCCAAAGAUGGACAUUUAUGAAAUCCGAAUAAUGGUGUAGGUGUAACCAUUCAGCACUAGUACUUGAAGUACGUGCCUUGACCAUAUUCAUAAAAUUUCAGCAUAAUAAUCACUGAAGACAAUGGUUUUAUAUUUUGAAAAGGAGUAACACCAUAUUUCCCUUGGUUGGUGGAUGUGAAAAAGGGGGAAUCCACUUUUCUCCAGUUUUCACUGAGUUGUAUUUUUGAGAAUGUGAUUGAUAGAAUGCAUAUCUGAAAUUGAUCAUGCAUCUUUACACUGGUGUAAUGAAGACAUUUGCAUGUCAGUGCUCUAUUGACACCUUUGGACAGCGAUAUAAUUAAACACUGUGAACUUAAAUAAUAAUUACAUGAUAUUUUGAAUUUUUAUUACAAGCUUGAAACUUUUUCUUGUGUGAAUAAAUCUCAGCAAAUUGUAUUUUCAGUAAAGUUUUAUUCAUUGCUGCAAGUGAAAUUUAUUGGGAUCUACUUAGGAUAUGGAAUAAUCAAGAGUAUAGGUCUAAAAUUGUUUUAUUUCUGUAUUAAUGACCAGAAUAGCUUUCUUUUAUUUGUGCUCAUUAAUCCUACUGUCACUAGUUACUGUCACUGCCAAUAUGUGGAUGAACAAACACAAAAUUCAUAUAUAGUGGCUCAAGUUAAUGUAUCAGUGAUAAUUUUUACACAUUAUUUGAAGGUGGUGGUGACAUCAAUUGAGAAAAAUGGGCAUGCACUGUGAACAAGUGUAUAUCUGUAAGACUAUGGUUUCUUUAAGUGAAUUUUUUAAUAAUCACAACAAUAAUUGUUGUAGUGAAUGUAAAACUCAAAAAUAUUUCAACUGCAACAGUUCUGAAGUACAUCCAGACGCUAUUCUAGAAAACCCUUACUAAAUACUUCUAUCUAUCUCUUAUUCUCUGUAAUCUGUUAAUUGAUUACUAAUGUAGCAUUGAGACUUUUACACACACUAAUGCCCUAAAUUUAUUAAACAAUUUCAACAAAAACUGAUCUAAUAUAUAAAAACAGUAAAAUAAAUUUAUUAAAAGCAACAACAACAGCGUGUCAAAUUCUUAUAUUUCAUGUUGCAGCUGUAGUUGACAAAUUUAUGUGACAAGUUCAAACUGUAUGCCAGGUCAGGGUAUGUAUCAAGAUCCCUGCCUAUUGUCAACACAGUGUUGCCAGUUAUUCCACCCACAAACCUCUUGCACACUUACUCAGAGUUCCAACUUGUCACAGUCUCCUCCCCUAAAGUUACCCUAUGAUCCUGUGUGACUAGAACAUUCAAAACAAAUGAUGUUGCAGUAGUAGUUUAGCUUUCACAUAGCACUAUGUAUUUCAUUUCCAAAUGCACUGUGGGCUUAGACUUAACGGUAUUUAUGAACUUGAUGUAUCAAAAAUUUUAACUUCUGUGAAGCUGUGCAUAUGUGAACAGAAGCUGUAUCACAAUACCAGUGAGCUUUUUUUGGUACUACAAACUGCCUGUCUUCAUUUCAGGAGUCUUGUGACUGAAAAUCAUAAUGUACAACUCUCACCCUGAACACUUAAUAAUAUGAUAGUGGUUAUUAUUCCUGUCUAUUUGAUAUAAUAAAAGAAACUGGCCUACAAAUGUAUCUUCAUUUACCACCAUAAACUCACAGAAGAGGGCAUGCUGUAGGUCUUUGAUUCCUCAGAAGUAAAUAGAAAGAACUUUUGCAGCAUCUACUGAACCAAUGUCAUUAAUGCUUUUAGAUAAACCUCAAAAUACUUGACCCAGCAUUAAGUACAUGGCAGUUAAUGCUGCUUCUCUAUUUUUGUGUAUUAAAUUCUAUACAAUUGUUGCAAGUGAUCAGAUUUACCAUUAUCAUAAUUAACAAGCUGUAAUGCUUGCAGUGAAAUAAAAAUUAUUGUUUUAACUUAAAGCACAAGUGGAAAACUUAGGAGUUUAUUAAUCUCAUGUGACUGCACCACAUAGUGAAGGAACAGGUGUAAAAUACAUAUAUGAUUCCUAAGACUGAGUGUAGUCCUUGAUGGCCUCAGUGGCUUGCUUUCUUAUGUGAGAGUUGAACCAGCUGGCAUGGAAAGUGCCCAUUUCCUCAUAAGUAUCAUAGAUUGCAAUGUGUUUGUGAGCUUAUGAACGACUUGUCUUUUUCUAAUAAAUGACAGUGGCUUCAAAUGUGCAUUGCAUAACUGAAGAGAUUUUUAUGUUGUUUGUUUAUGCAGUCUUGGGAGAGAGAAUGGUGCCAUUACUGUUUCCUUUGCUUAAGGCUUUUUUUUUCCAACAUUAAUGGAUGCAAAUACUCCAGAUGAAUAUCAAUAAGUUAAUUUGAAAUGAGCAGGUAUUUAAUUUUCUGCUCUUAGGCAAGGUGUCUUAUGUUAAUUGUAACAGCAAAUAAGAGAUUACUUUAGACUUUUAACGGCUUAAUACUGGAAUAACAUGCUUGCUUGUAAUUGCUGUGGCCUAUGUUACCUAAUUCAUCUAAGUGUAGUUUAUUAAAAAUUUGACUGAAUGGUUAUAACCUUUUUGUGAGUUUAUACUGUACAACUUCUUUUUGCUUGGAGUGUAUCUCAUUAUGUUUAUUACAUAAUUGUUAUUUCUCAUAGUUGUAUAAAGUGUUUUAGCUAUUUAUAUAUUUUUCAUUGUGGCAGUAUUGUUGUUUCACUUUUAAAAUAAUUACAGUGUAACAUUUUCUCGCAUUAAUUCAAACUAUUCUUUGUGCUUGUUACACUGAGUUCUUUUUAGCCAUGCGAGAUCUACAUUUAACUGAUCACUGCUGAAAUGUUAUUUUUAUGUCAUACUUGUACAGAAAGGUAUGAAGUGGUGAGUGUUUUAUUGUUAAACAUGGUUAUGUCAGUUGAAAAACAUAAAAUUUUGGUCACUGCUAUAUAAAAUACUACUUCUAGUUUUGAGCCAUAUGAGGAAUGUACAAGUGGUUUUCUGUGCUGCAGAUAAGUAUUGCUGAUUUGAAGCAGUUUUGGCAUGUGAGACAUCAUUUUUUAACAUAAAUGUCAUCUUGAUUAAGUGGUGUGUUGAACCGAUUUGUUGACUGAGAGAAAAUAAAAAAAAAUCAACUGGUGCUUCCUGUUAUCAAGAGCUAUGUGAACUGAUUUUUAAUCUGUUGCAGUUGUGUAGGUGACGGGUACAUUAUAAUGCUGCAAAAAUUCAUUUGCAUUUAAUAAAUUUCUCUUUUGUGUAUGUUCUUUACACGCACACACACUGCUACUAAUGUCAGACAGUAUUGUUUAUGAUGUUAGUACCACAGUUUACAGUGUUCCUGAACCAGAAUACGCAUUUCUUUUACUAUAGUAAUUUCUGUCAAAUUUAUUGUUUAUGUUCACAGCUUUCUCGUAACUGGCGCAAAGUUAAUAUGGUUGAAUGUGUGUACCUCCUAAUUUGCAAUAAAACUGAAUGCAUUUAUGAUUAGUUUAA